AUGGCUACCGCGAUCCUCCCUCAGAAGCGCUUCCACAGCGAUGCACCCAACCGUCGCAAUAUCCCUUCAACUCCAUCCUCCACCAAGAGGCGUCGACUCGAGCCUCUGUCCUCGUCGCCAGCAUCACGCCUGAACAGCUCACAACAUGGGCCUGGCUCGAAGCUCGGAUCAAGCCAACCGAAGAGCGCAUUCGAGUCAGAGGUACUCGAGAAGCUAAGCCAGGACAUCUCAGAGCUCAAGCAGACCAAUGCGGAGAAGGACCAGGCAUGGGAGCGCCCGCCAGUCGUCGACUUCGAUCCCCAGCGGGACAGCCUCACCUUUCAGCAGAUCGAAGCCGAGGAAGGUGUGCUCCACAGCGGAAAGGCGACCGUCAAGCUCUUCGGAGUUACUGAAGAUGGCCAUUCUGUCAUGCUUCACGUCACCGACUUCAAGCACUACAUCUACGUCGCCGCCCCCGUAUCCUUCACCCCCAAGGACUGCGACGCCUACAAAGCCUUCCUCGAGACACAGGUCGCCCAAUACCAACCUGUCAUUCACUCGUGCCAGGUUGUACUGAGAGAGAACAUAUAUGGCUUUCAGGGCAACACCCAAAGCCCCUACAUCAAGAUUACCGUUACCGACCCAAAGUGGAUUCCGAAAGUACGGACACUGAUCGAGAAAGGCGAUGCAAACUGGAAGGGGAUGUGGAAGGUGGCCGAGGGCGGCAUCAUGACAUUCGACAACCUGCAAUACGUUCUGCGAUUCAUGGUGGACUGCAAGAUCCCUGGUAUGUCUUGGGUGGAAGCGCCAGCCAAGUCAUAUCGUCUCAUUGCCGAAAAUCAGCGUCAGUCGAGCUGUCAGAUCGAAGCCGAGGUCGGCUACCACCAAUUGAUUUCCCACGAACCCAAAGGCGAAUGGUCCAAGAUGGCCCCUCUGCGAAUCCUCUCGUUCGACAUCGAAUGCGCCGGGCGGAAGGGUAUCUUUCCAGAAGCCAACCAAGAUCCAGUCAUACAGAUCGCCAAUGUUGUGACACGCUAUGGAGAAAAGAAACCAUUCAUUCGAAAUGUUUUCUGUCUCGAUACUACCAGUCCGAUCGUGGCAACACAGAUUCUGGACUUUGACAAGGAGCAGGACAUGCUUUUGGCUUGGAAGCGAUUUCUUGACAAGGUUGACCCCGAUCUGAUCACUGGUUACAACAUCUCCAACUUCGAUUUCCCUUAUCUUCUCGACCGCGCAAAGCACCUGAAGGUCAACGGAUUCGAGUACUGGACUCGAUUGCCAAGUGUGAAGUCGGUCGCAAAGGAGACGAACUUUUCCAGCAAGCAAAUGGGCAACCGAGACACAAAGGCUACGAACACGAACGGUCGAUUACAAUUGGAUCUUCUUCAGUUGAUCCAACGUGACCACCAACUCAGAAGUUACACGUUGAACUCAGUGUGCUCUCACUUCCUGGGGGAGCAAAAGGAAGACGUCCACUACACAAUGAUCACGGAGCUGUUCAACGGCACGCCAGAGUCGAGACGUCGUCUUGCACUGUACUGCUUGAAGGAUGCUUUCCUGCCUCAGCGGCUUAUGGACAAGCUCUCUUGCCUGGAAAAUUAUACCGAGAUGGCAAGAGUUACAGGUGUCCCCUUCAACUUCCUUCUGUCCCGUGGACAACAAGUCAAAUUCAUGAGCCAACUGUUCCGGAAAGCUCUGGAGCAGAAAUUGGUCAUCCCGAAUAUGAGAUCAGAAGGCUCGGAUGAUCAAUACGAAGGAGCUACAGUCAUCGAGCCCACGCGCGGUUACUACGACGUUCCCAUCGCCACACUCGAUUUCGCCUCACUAUAUCCCAGUAUCAUACAAGCGCACAAUCUCUGCUAUACAACGCUCAUCAAAAAAGCGGCCAUUGACAAAUUUAAUCUCGAGAAGGACGAAGACUAUGUUGUGACGCCGAACGGCGACAUGUUUGUCACAGCCAAGAAACGGAAAGGCCUUCUGGCGCAGAUUCUAGAGGAAUUGCUCACGGCGAGAAAGCAAGCCAAGAGGGAACUCGCGACAGAAACAGACCCUUUCAAGAAGGCUGUCUUGAAUGGUCGCCAACUCGCGCUGAAAGUCAGCGCCAACAGUGUGUACGGUCUUACUGGUGCAACGACAGGCAAGCUCCCUUGUCUCGAAAUUGCCAGUAGCACGACGAGUUAUGGUCGCCAGAUGAUUGAGAAAACCAAGGACGAAGUUGAGAAGAAGUAUAACAUCGCCAACGGCUACUCCCAUGAUGCGCAGGUCAUCUACGGUGAUACGGAUUCCGUCAUGGUGAAGUUUGGAACGAAGGAUCUCGCUGAGGCGAUGAAAUUGGGCGAGGAGGCAGCAAAUUUCGUAUCGUCCAAGUUCACGAAGCCCAUCAAGUUGGAGUUCGAGAAAGUCUACUUCCCGUAUCUCCUGAUCAACAAGAAGCGUUAUGCUGGUCUCUUCUGGACUAGGCCCGACAAGUACGACAAGAUGGACACCAAGGGUAUUGAGACGGUCAGACGAGACAACUGUCUACUUGUGCAAACGGUCAUCGAGAAAGUUCUGAGAAUGAUCUUGAUCGACCAGGAUGUUCAAGGAGCUCAGGAUUACGUCAAGAACACCAUCGCGGAUCUACUGCAGAACAAGGUGGACAUGUCGAAGCUUGUGAUCACGAAAGCUCUCACCAAGGAAAGCUAUGAUGCCAAACAAGCUCAUGUGGAGCUAGCGCACCGCAUGAAGAAACGCGAUGCUGGUUCCGCACCCGCGUUGGGUGAUCGUGUAGCGUAUGUCAUGGUGAAAGGGGCGAGCGGAUCGAAGAACUUUGAGCGCUCGGAAGAUCCCAUCUUCGUCCUGGAGAACAACGUCCCCAUCGACACUAAAUACUACCUGGACAACCAGCUGGCCAAGCCUCUGGGUCGUAUCUUUGACCCUAUCCUUGGCGAGACGAAAGCAAAGUCGCUUCUCACGGGAGCUCACACACGUUCAAUUUCGGUGGCGGCGCCCAGUGUGGGCGGUCUCAUGAAGUUUGCCAAGAAGACAAUGACGUGCAUGGGCUGCAAGAAGCCGCUGGUGGGCAAGGCGGAGAGUGAGGGUGCCGUCUGCUCGAACUGCUCUCCCCGGGUGGGCGAGCUGUACAAGAAGACACUGGACAAGGUAUCGGAUCUUGAGGUGCGGUUCGGGCGCCUAUGGACGCAGUGUCAACGGUGCCAGGGCAGCGUGCACUGCGAGGUCAUCUGUAGCAGCAAGGACUGCCCCAUCUUCUACAUGCGCAUGAAGGCCAAGAAGGAUGUGGAAGAUGCAGGCAAGGAGUUGAAGAGGUUUGACUUUGAUCAGUCAGCCAUAUGGUAA